AUGAAGGAGAGUGUAGAAAUCGAUAAAGUAGAAAGUAAAAUUGAUGAUGUCGAGAUAAAUUUAAAGAAUGAAGUGUGUGAAGAUAAAGAAAUGGCUGAAAUUUAUAAUAAUAAUGAUUAUGAUCAAGAACAAAAUGCAAAACAUGAAUUCGAAAGGCAUUUAGGAAACCGACAAACAUUAAAUGGUAAAGUAUUCAUGAUGAAUAUAAUCAAUUAUAAAAAUUCUGUUUUAAACAUUGUUAGUCAAUAUACAAUUAUUAAUAAUGAGGAGAAGAACGAUCAUAAUGAAAUCAGACCAAAAUUAUUAGAGACUAUUAAUGAUAAUACAUUUACUGAAUUAAAAUGGCACUUGUUUCAACAAUUUAAUAAAUAUCGAGAUGUAUUAUAUAUGAAUAGAAAUGUUAAAAACUCACACCAAAUAAAUGCGUGUAUGAAUCACAUAUUCAAAAAUCGCGUAUUAAAAAACAAUGAAAAAUUAAAUAAUGCACACACGGCUGGUAGAGAUAUUGAUGAAAUAAGGGAUCAAAGAUUUACAAGACCAAAAGUAUUAAUCUUAUUACCAUUUCGUAAUUCUACCAGGAAUUUAGUAGAAAUAUUGAUAAAAUUAUCAGGAAUGGAUCAACAAGAAAUCGAAAACGAUUUUUUGAUUCAUUUGGAAUAA